GAUGAAGAGUAGUCUGGCUCUGGAGGAGCAGAAAGAAGCGGUGCAGGAUCCACAGAGAGAGUGUUUCUCCGUCUCUGAAGCUCUGGAUGGCUGGUUAACCACACAGAAAACUCUUCAGGCCCUGCACUCACUCAUGUGCGCUCUUUGAAUGCGAUAAAGCGGAUAUUUAACUCACUUUUUACUGGAGUCACAGAAGAGACCUCUGCAAAAUGAAAUACAAAAACCUGAUGGCCAAAGCAUUGUACGACAACAUGCCGGAGUCCCCCGAGGAACUGGCCUUCCGUAAAGGGGACAUCCUGACGGUCAUCGAGCAGAACACGGGGGGGCUGGAGGGCUGGUGGCUCUGCUCCCUGCACGGCCGCCAAGGCAUCGCCCCUGGCAACCGCCUGAAGCUGCUGAUCGGACCCAUGUUCGAGGCCCAGUCGCCGGCCGCCGCUGCCCAGUCCCCCCCUCAGAGCUCGGCCUAUCAGCAGAAGGCUGGCUCAGUGGGGGCUCAGGGCAUCUACCAGGUGCCCCCCUCCCUCCAGAGUCCACAGAGUCAGCAGAGCAUCUACCAAGUUCCCCCGGCACAAGACAUCUACCAAGUCCCACCCAGGAGUACUCUAGCAGCUGAUAACACCCCCAGCAAGGUGGUGACCCCGACCAGAGUGGGCCAGUCCUACACCUUCAGCCCCGGCCAGCACAACCAGCAGGACCUCUAUGAUGUCCCCCCCAGUAGAUCCCAGGGGGUGUAUGAUAUUCCGCCUGGUCAGAUGUUUCCAGGAGCCAGAAACCAAGGAGUGUACGAUGUUCCUCCGUCUCAAAUGGACGCCAGAUCACAGGGCGUGUACGACGUCCCUCCCUCUUCACAAGGGGUGUACUCGGUGCCUCCCUGCAGGACUAACCCCGCUGUCGAGGAGGGAAACUACGACUUCCCGCAGCCUCUCAAACAGAAACAGGAAGGCAUCUACGACGUACCCCCACCUGCCCUCACCAAGCCAUCACAGAGCCCCCAGUCACAUUACGAUUUCCCCCCCACGGUGGAGCCUCCUGCCCAUCACCAACACCCGAGUACCAACGGCAACGAGGGCAUUUACGACGUGCCUCCGCCCGCCCUUCACACGGGGGCGGGGUCUCACAGGGACAUAUACGACAUCCCCCGGGGCAUGCCGCCCCCCCAGCACAGAACCUCGCCCAACGACAGCAAAGGGAUCUACGACAUCCCCGCUCAGGACGCUCGGGCGGUGGGGGACGUGACGGACGGGGUGAACCGCCUGUCCUUCUCCAGCACCGGCAGCACGCGCAGCAGCAUGUCCACGUCCUCGUCCUCGGCCGGCUCCCACUCCGAGGGCCGCCUGGCGCUGGACGUGGACACGGCGGUGCAGAGGUUGUGCCGCCUGCAGCAGGGCGUGGAGGCCUCCGUCGGGGCGCUGCAUUCAAUGUCAGCCUCCCCUCACUGGAGGACUUUUCCCUUCAUGGAGCGCCACGCCAACGACGUCCGCACCGUGCUGGACAGGGUCCGGGCGGCCCUGGGGGACUUUGUGGUCUUCGGCAGAGGCGCUGCGGCCAACGCCACGGCCCUGUCGGACUCCAGCCUGCACUGUAAGCUGAGGCGGCAGCUGGGACGCCUGGAGGACUCGCAGCAGAUCCUCCUGCAGAUCUACCAGGUCCUGGAGAACUGCAGCUGGGCCCUGAACGCCCUGGCGGCCUCAGCAAAGCACCACAACAAGAGCGACGACCUGGAUCGCUUCGUCAUGGUCUCCAGGACGGUGCCCGACGACGCCAAGCAGCUGGCCUCCACGAUAGGCAGCAGUGCUGAGCUGCUGUUCAGGAGGACGCACAUGGACGGGUCCCUCUCCAUCGGGAGCUCGCCUGACGAGAACAUGAUCCACCCGCUCACCUCCCCCUCCUCCGAUAACGACAACUACGGAGGACCCACCAAGCCCUUCCCCGUGCCCUCCAGCCAAGACAAAGACAACAUGAACAUCAGCGAGAAGUGUGUCAAAAGCUGGAUGGAGGACUACGACUAUGUACAUCUCCAGGGCAAAGAAGACUUUGAACGUCAGCAGAAGGAGCUGUUGGACAAAGAAAACAUCAUCAAACAGAGUCAGGUCCAGCUGGGCCAGGAGCAGAUCAAUCAGUUCAAGAAGCUGGAGCAGGAUGUGAGCAGACCCGUGGAGAACGACGUCACGCAGUGGAUCUCACACUCGGACAUGACCUCGGCCUCCCCCCCGGACUCUUCUUCCUCCUCCUCCCCCCCCUCCCCCCACGUGUGCGUUCGGGACCGCCAGCUGCUGGCCUUCUACUCGGAGCAGUGCGAGCAGCACUUCGUGCCGCUGCUCAGCGCCGUGGACGCCUUCUUCGGCUGCGUGAGCGCCGGUCAGCCUCCCCGCAUCUUCGUGGCGCACAGCAAGUUCGUCAUCCUCAGCGCGCACAAACUCGUCUUCAUCGGAGACACCCUGUCCAGGCAGGCGUCGGCGCCCGAGGUGGCCAACAGGGUGAUGAACUCCAGUAACGUGCUGUGCGACUUGCUAAAGACGGUGGUGUCGGCGACCAAAACGGCCGCUCUGAACUACCCCAACACGGCCGCCAUCCAGGAGAUGGUGGACCGAGUCACCGACCUGUCGCAUGACGCGCAGAAGUUCAAAGAACAGCUGAUGCAACUGGCCAACUUGUGACUUUCAACCACUUAACAGACUUUGUGUACAUUAAUAUUCUCAUAAAUAUAUAUAUUUACAUUAUAUAUAUAUAUUGCUCUUCAUCUUUACGUUUUGGAUGUUGUAAAUAAGUCUGUGUUCUGUAAAUAUUUGCUCUAUUUUUGUGUAGAUUUGUUUUAUAUAAUGGUAUGAAUAUAUAUAUAUAUAUGUAGAUGCAGUAUUGGUGUCUCCGCAGGAUUAUGUAGACGUUUUUCAUAACAUUCCUGUCGCAUAUUAUGAAGCACCUUAUGAGAUGUUCUGUGUUUUUCAUUUUCUGCCUGUAGUGUUGUUGAUGUGUCUUCCUGCUGGUGUGACAGUAAAUCUGCUUUUAAACCAUGUUAAUGUUGAUGUGUCUGUCUGUGUGUCUGUGUGUGUGUGUGUGUGUGUGGAGCUCUCCACAAAGUAAAGACUUCUUAACCAUG